AUGUCUUUCUCCGUCUCUCUACCCCUCACCCUAUGUCUAUCACCGUCUCUCUACCCGCCUCUCCCACUCUCUCAUCCUCUCUGUAAACAUGUCUCACCCUAUGUCUUUUCCGUCUCUCUACCCCGCCUCUCCCCUCUCUCAUCCUAUCUACACACAUCUCUCACCCUAUGUCUUUUCCGUCUCUCUACCCGCCUCUCCCACUCUCUCAUCCCUCUCUGUACAUCUCUCACCCCUAUGUCUUUCUCCGUCUCUCUACCCGCCUCUCCCACUCUCUCAUGCUCUCUGUACAUCUCUCACCCCUAUGUCUUUUUCCGUCUCUCUACCCACCUCUCCCUCUCUCACCCUCUCUGUACACAUCUCUCACCCCUAUGUCUUUCUCCGUCUCUCUACCUGCCCUCUCCCCUCUCUCAUCCUCUCUGUACAUCUCUCACCCCUAUAUCUUUCUCCGUCUCUCUACCCCCUCUCUCAGUAUCUCAUCCUCUCUGUACAUCUCUCUCCUAUGUCUUUCUCCGUCUCUCUACCCGCCUCCCACUCUCUCAUCGUAUCUGUACACAUCUCUCUCCCUAUGUCUUUCACCGUCUCUCUACCCCCUCUACCACUAUCUCAUCCUCUCUCUGUACACAUCUCUCCCCUAUGUCUUUUUCCGUCUCUCUGCCGCCUCUCCCUCUCUCAACCUCUCUGUACACACAUCUCUCACCCUAUGUCUUUUUCCGUCUCUCUACCCGCCUCUCCCACUCUCUCAUCCUCUCUGUACACAUCUCUCACCCCUAUGUCUUUCUCCGUCUCUCUACCCGUCUCUCCCCUCUCUCAUCCUUUCUGCACAUCUCUCUCCCUAUGUCUUUCACCGUCUCUCUACCCGCCUCUCCCUCUCUCAUCCUCUCUGUACUCAUCUCUCACCAUAUGUCUUUUCCAUCUCUACCCUGCCUCUCCCCUCUCUCAUCCUCUCUGCACACAUCCUCUCCCUAUUUCUUUCUCCCUCUCUCUACCCGCCUCUCCCACUCUCUAAUCCUCUCUGUACACAUCUCUCCUCCUAUGUCUUUUUCCGUCUCUCUACCCGCCUCUCCCACUCUCUCAACCUCUCUGUACACAUCUCUCACCCUAUGUCUUUUUCCGUCUCUCUACCCGCCUCUCCCACUCUCUCAUCCUCUCUGUACACAUCUCUCAGCCUAUGGCUUUCUCCGUCUCUCUACACGCCUAUCCCACUCUCUCAUCCUCUCUGUCCACAUCUCUCACCCAAUGUCUUUUUCGGUCUCUCUACCCGCUUCUCCCACUCUCUCAUCCUCUCUGUACACAUCUCUCACACUAUGUCUUUCUCCGUCUCUCUACCCGCCUCUCCACACUCUCAUCCUCUCUGUACUCAUCUCUCACCCUAUGUCUUUUUCCGUCUCUCUACCCGCCACUCCCACUCUCUUAUCCUCUGUACACAUCUCUCACCCUAUGUCUUUCUCCGUCUAUCUACACGCCUCUCCCACUCCCUUAUCCUCUCUACUUCUUCCUCCCCACUCGAUUAAUUGUAUUGCACUCUUCCGAUCUCUACCCCUCUCUGUCUGUCUGUCUCUCUUUCCUUUACUUUUUCCUCCCCCCGCCCCUCUGCACACUUCGUUUUCAAUCUCACUCUGCCUUUCGUUUGCCACUUGUAAUUCCUUUAUAUCUAUUCUCCCUCCCCCCCCACGCCCUCUUCUUUUCAUUCUUUUCUUUCUUUUUCCUACCUUCUCUCUGUCUCUCUUUGUCUCUCUCUCUCUUUGUCUCUCUCUUUUUCAUUCUAUAGCCUCACUCCUCACUUUCUCACUUCUUCCUCUUUAUCUUCGGACGUCGCUUCUUCGUAUUUUUUUUCUUUCUAUCUAUUGCUCUUAA